AUGACAAGGAGGAAUUUAACACACAAUAAUACCCCCGAAGAAACUACAACCGGUACUGAUGGUAUUAAUUCUGAAAGUAAUAGAACAAGUCAAGCUGAUAGCAAUUAUAAUAGACAAUCAUAUCCACUGUUUACUAACCCAUUUGAAGGUAAUGCAGUUACCGAUAACCAAUCAUCAUUUUAUUUAGAAGAUCAAUCGAAUUCAAAUUUCACUUCUUCCACAGUUUCAUCAAAUUCAAAUCCUGAUUUGGUUAAUCAAUAUGGUCGUCCAUUUACAGUUAAUACAGGUUAUUCAAGUGAUGAGAGUACUUCAUAUUUAUUAAAUGGCACUAACACAACAACGACACCUGCAAAUGGUGCUAAUCGUAAUUUGGAAAGACCAAGAAUUGGCAUUGAAUCGUCUUCAUCUUCUUCAGAUCCGUCUAAAAAUUCAUAUUUAAGACCAACCAAUGUAAAUGCGCCUUCGGAAUAUGAUAGAUAUCCAAAAAUUGAUAUGUCAAAUUCAAAUUCUUCAACUAGUAUAAUGAAUCGUAAUAGUAAUAUUAUUCCAUAUAUAAAUGAUUCAAUACCUUCUUCAACUGCAUCCCUACCGAAUGGAAUUUCUAAUAAUCAACAAAAGAAAACAUAUGGGGAUUAUUUUGACAUUAGUCCAUUUGGUGGAUAUCCAGCAAGUUCAUUCCCCUUAAAUAUAGAUGAAAAAGAACCUGAUGAUUAUUUACAUAAUCCUGAUCCAAUAGAAGAUGAAAUUUAUGAAAAGCAUCGAUUUUGGAAUGAUUUGAAAACAGCUGAUAAAAAAUCUUCAUUUGGUAUACUUGGAUUUUUAUUCUUAUUAGCUGCCGGGGCAGCUGUUUUCAUUGUAUUACCAGUAUUAACAUAUUCUGGAGUAACUACUCAUCCAACACCUGAACAUUAUGAAAUUUUAACUCAUUAUUCAUAUCCUAUGUUGAGUGCAAUUCGACAAAGUUUAAUUGAUCCAGAUACUCCUCAAGAUUCUUUAACUAUGGAAGCUAAAGAUGGUAGUAAUUGGGUGUUGGUAUUUUCUGAUGAAUUUAAUGUUGAAGGUAGAACUUUUUAUGAAGGUGAUGAUCAAUUUUUCACAGCCCCUGAUAUUCAUUAUGAUGCUACUAAAGAUUUAGAAUGGUAUGAUCCAGAUGCUGUAACUACGGAAAAUGGAACAUUAAAUUUACGUAUGGAUGCUUAUAAGAAUCAUGAUUUAUUUUAUCGUUCAGGUAUGGUUCAAUCAUGGAAUCAAUUAUGUUACACACAAGGAAAAAUUGUUAUAUCUGCAAGAUUACCAAAUAAAGGUACAGUGUCUGGAUUAUGGCCUGGUUUAUGGACAAUGGGUAAUUUAGGAAGACCAGGAUAUUUAGCAUCAACAGAAGGAGUUUGGCCAUAUUCUUAUGAUUCAUGUGAUGCAGGAAUAACACCAAAUCAAAGUUCACCAGAUGGUAUAUCAUAUCUUCCAGGACAAAAAUUAAAUAGUUGUACAUGUCUUGGAGAAUCACAUCCAAAUCCCGGAGUUGGUAGAGGAGCACCUGAAAUUGAUGUAAUUGAAGCUGAAAUAAGUACUGAUACAACAGCAAGAAGAGAAAAUAUUGGAGUUGCUUCACAAUCUUUACAAUUGGCACCAAUGGAUAUUUGGUAUUAUCCCGAUUAUAGUUAUUUGGAAAUUCAUAAUAAAUCAAUUACAACCAUGAAUACAUAUACUGGAGGUCCAUUUCAACAAGCAUUAUCAGGUACAACCACAUUAAACAAAACAUGGUAUGAAUUGGGAAAUAAUGAACAUAAUUUUCAAACUUAUGGAUAUGAAUAUUUAAAUGAUGAUGAAGAUGGUUAUUUACGUUGGUUUGUAGGUCAAAAUCCAACUUUAACUGUUUAUUCUCAGGCUUUACAUCCAAAUGGUAAUAUUGGUUGGAGAUUCCUUUCAAAAGAACCAAUGAGUAUGAUUUUUAAUUUAGGUAUUUCAAAUAAUUGGGCUUAUAUAGAUUGGCCAAGUUUAACAUUUCCAACUACUUUUAGAAUUGAUUAUGUUAGAAUUUAUCAACCUAAAGAUGCUAUUAAUGUUGGUUGUGAUCCUGAUAAAUUUCCUACUUAUGAUUAUAUUCAACAACAUUUGAAUGUUUACACUAAUCCUAAUCUAACGACUUUUGAAGAAGGUGGUUAUGAGUUCCCAAAACAUAAAUUAAUCGGAUGUUAA